CGCCAACUGAUGAAUAUUAAAAUGAGGUGGGGCUGGUCGAUGUGGAGUGAUGUCACUAGCAUUAAGGACAGCCAUUCCUGGGUGAUUAUAGUGGUGUUGUAGGUUUAGGUAAAAUAGUAUCACUGCCAAGUCCAUCUUACAAUAGUAUGUAAUUAAUCAAUAAGAAAAUUAAUGGUGACUGUUGGAUGUUUUAGCACACAUCACGUGGUAGACAUUCCAUGUGUCUUACAUAACUGCUUAUGAUCCACGCGUAGGGCGGUAUCGCAGUAACGUUUCUCGUGUGUAAUAUGAACUAACACUGACUGCCAUGCGGCCCUGUAAAAGUGAUGCGAAGCCGGAGAGGGCCACUCCUGAACGUUUGUCCAAGAUGAAUGCCGAGUCGCAGCCCUUAAUGCAUUUAGCCGCGUGUUUUACCGGGGACAUUGGUGAGCGGGCAACUCGCAGAGUAAACGGCUACAUCUGUUGACUCCAGAUGCUGCUGUGUAAACAAGCUCGGUGUUAUUCAUCACUCGGGAUGAGAAUUCAUGGGCGUGACCGCACAACGCUACGAUAAUGGUUACAUUGAAGGCAAAGAACUCGACGAAUUUUUCAAGCAUCUACUCAAACAAGCAGGGGAGUGCGUGUCGGACGAGAAGGUGGAGACCGUGAGGCGUAACCUCAUGUCCAUCUACGAUGAGUCUGCUGACGGAAGGCUGCACCUGUCCGAGGUGGCGAAUAUGCUUCUGGCUGAGGAUGAGAGUUUCCUGCUGAUUUUCAAGCGAGCCUCGUCGCUGGACAAUAGCGUGGAGUUUAUCAAGAUCUGGCAUCAAUAUGACCUGGAUUCUAGUGGCUUCAUUUCUGCUUCCGAGUUAAAAAAUUUCCUCAAGGACCUGUUGAGCCACCACGGCCGGCAGGUGGAAGAGAAGAAGCUUGAAGAGUACACUGAUACCAUGAUGAAGCUCUUUGACAAGAACAAAGAUGGCCGACUGGAUCUGAAUGAUAUGGCGCGGAUCCUGUCGCUAAAGGAAAAUUAUCUCCUGCAGUUCAGCAUUGAGGUGAGGCAAAUACAGCUGUGUGUAACAUCAGGACAAGGUGUUAACGCGCGAACACCGUGGAAUGAAGUAUUUGUUAAGAGGGAUGCAAGCCAGGAGGAAAGACGCAGGGACUUUGAGAAGAUAUUUGCGCACUAUGAUGUGAGUCGCACCGGGGUGCUGGAGGGGCCUGAGGUGGACGGCUUUGUCAAGGACAUGAUGGAGUUAGUCCGGCCAUCGUUGACCGUGGCGGACUUAUCAAAAUUCCGUGACUCACUGCUCCGCCGCUGUGACACGAACCAGGAUGGCAAGAUACAGAAGUGGGAGCUCGCCCUCUGCCUGGGAAUUCGCACGGCCCACGUCUGAAGCGCCUCGAGUGGCCCACAUUGGAGAUUUUAAACACGGACACACUCACUACAAGCCACACUAGUUCCACAGUCGACCAGAAUUUCCACCCACGUAUUGUGUUCUGCUUAAAAACAAUAUAUUUGUUGUGACGACCAAACAGUGUGGUGUGCAUGCAUGAGUGAUUUCACGUAAUUUGAAAAUUGGACAGGGCAUGUGUGAUUUAAGGGUAAUGAUUCUGGACUGAAUCGAGUGCCAAAUUGAAAGGAGGGCCAUGGAGACGUUAAAUGAAUAUGCAGGCAGGCUGGUUAAUGUGUCGCCGGCAUUUCAUUCCGUCGCACAAAGCACCAGGAUUUCAAUUUGUUUUAUGUUAGCUGUGUGUGUCCGCAGCCACAGUGCAGGCACUAAGUAGUCUUUUCAGAAACACCAUCUCACCGAGGCUUUCAUGUUUGAAAAAAAAAUCUCCCGUGCAGCCCUGAUCAUUGUACAUUUUGGGGCUUUUUGAUGGAAAUUUUGAAAAAAAAAAGAAAGUCGUUUUUUUCACAUUGACAAACUGUAGAAUAAAAUAGAAUGGGAUGCAUCACGAUACAUCUGUAACACUCUUAAUUUGUCAAUAAAAAGUCCAUACCUUGAUGAAAACUUGAACGAGAUUGGCCAUGGGACACACCAGAACACAAGCUCUCUUGUCACCGCUGUCUUGAUUGACACGCUCGAACGUAAACAAUUACCAGGUGAGGUUCACGAUUGGAAAUUGGAAGCUCAUUAAAUGGAUGUAAAAACGUA